UUCAUGACCCUCUUCUACUGUUUAUCUUUGUUUUUUGUGACAAAAAAGGCGGUUUUAGUUCCCUUUGAGUAACGGCCAAACUAACAUCGACAACAGAAACACCAUGACGGAAGAAGAAGAAGAAUUUCGUUUAUUUCGACAAAUAACCAUUGAGGAUGACGAAUCAAAUCAGCAAAUAAUAAAACCAAAAACAAUUAUAAGAAAACGUAAAUAUCCUCCCAGGCCACCACGACUGCCGCCGUCACCCCAACAAAACCUCCACGAUAAUUAUGUUGAUUUUGUAUGUUAUGUUCGUGAAAAAUGUGAAAAUAAAAUCAAAAUUUUGCAACGUUCAACAUUUCAGGCAAUUGAGAGGCCCAUUAUUCUGGCCUUCAAUCAUUUUCGCGAAUUUUGCUAUUAUCAUCAAGACAAAUUGGAUACCCUUUUUAAAUUAUCAUUACAAUAUGGAGAUCGCAUAGAAUUUUUGGUGGGCGAUCAAAUGGAUAUGGAUGUACUGUAUCCCAACACUAAUCCCAUUGAAUUAUUAUCCUAUUCACUGCGGCCGGAGGAUCAAAACAUUCAAGUCUAUGCCAUAAAUGAAAGAAAAUGGGUGUAUGAGCACUUUGAUGCCUACAACACGGAGGAGACUUUAGCGGAACUGUGUGAAAAUCUAUUAAACGGCAGUAUAUAUAGAUCCCAAGCAAUACCCGAGCCAGGGGAGACAUUAGUCAAAAUAUGUGUCCAUUUGAGUUUUGAAAAAGUUGUAUGGCAAUCCUCCCAAGAUAUAUUGCUUAUCAUUGGCUAUGGAGAUUAUUCACCCCGUGAUGAAUAUCAUUUGAAGUACGAACCAAAUUAUGAAGAAUUGGCCAAGGAAUUCGUCGAUUCUAAUGUGAAAAUUGUCUACAUGGAUGGCGACAAGAAUUACACGAAAUUUGAAUAUAAUGCUGGCGGUUAUCCCACAAUACUUUUUAUACCACAUAAUGAUAAAAAUGCGUUUAUACACUAUAUGCAAGGCGCUAGAGAUACGGAAAACAUGCGUAAUUUCAUAAAACAGAACGUUGGCGCCCAAGGUGAAAAGUGGAGGCAGGAAGAUCGCAAUAAACUUAAAUAUAAACCAUUUAGCUUAGCCACGGACAAGCAACUAACCUAUGAAGAUUUGGGGUUGUAUGUGGACGAAAAUUUUCCCAGAUCAUUUCAAUUGCUAAACCGGAACUCCUUGAAAACUGACAACAAUUGCCACAUCAUACAUUUGUUUGAUUUUCAAGGAACCCCCAUUACGUAUUACCAAGAUAUCCUCAAAAAAAUCCAUCAAGUGGCCCAGGGCACGUUUUGUUAUGCGGUGAAAUUUUUAAUUGGAGAUUUUCGUGAUGUCAAUAUUAUAUUUCCCAAAUGGUAUUUAAAACACCUGGACAACAAGCAGUUGGAAAACUCCAAACAGCCACAAGUUUAUGCCAUCGAUCGAAUGAAGUUAAUUUAUAAAAUUUCUGAUUUACCAACGCCAUCUUCGUGGUUUUAUUAUUUCGUAAAAUUACAUUAUUCACAGCUGUCCUAUUCCCAAACCCCAUACACUUGUCGUCCAUGGCGUAGGGAUGUGGUGAAAACAUGUGUGGCCGAAAAUUUCCACACCCACAUAAAUAAUUCACGCCACAAUAUAUUUUUAACAAUUUACCGAUCGAAUUACAUAGAGUCGCAUAAAAUAUUAAAUAUUUUAAAUGAAAUUGCUCAAGAAGUUCAAGAUUUCGGGGUGGAGUUAUUGAAAAUGGAUGUGAAAUAUAAUAGCAUAUCUGUGGAAUAUUCUUUUGACACAUAUCCGGUUCACUUUUUCAUACCGAAACGGAAUAGAGAUGAGGAGACUGUGAGAUAUAUUAAUAAAAAUAGCAGUAAAGAAAAUAUAUUGGAAUUUAUAAGAAACAAUAGCGGAAAAUAUAGCUGAAAUAAAUAACAAAAAAAUGGGA